GGUUAUAUCAAAGAUGUCCACGAAGACUCACUCACAAUUGUAUUUGAAAACAACUGGCAGCCAGAGAGACAGUUGCCCUUCAGUGACGUGCGGUUGCCUCCUCCAGCCGACUACCACAAGGAAAUUGGUGAAGGAGAGGAGGUGGAGGUUUACUCCAGGGCCAACGAACAGGAGCCAUGCGGCUGGUGGUUGGCACGGGUCAGAAUGAUGAAGGGAGAGUUCUACGUGAUUGAAUAUGCGGCAUGCGAUGCCACGUACAACGAGAUAGUCACGUCAGAGCGCAUCAGGCCACUAAACCCCAACAGCCCUGCCUCUCGAAACACCUUCCACAAGAUCCCCAUCCCCGUCCCAGAAGACCUGAGGGACAUCUGUGCAAACGACAACAUUCACAAAGACUUCAGGAAAGCAAUCGGAGCCAACUGCAUCUUCUAUAGUGCCCAAACACACGAGCUCAUCGUGCUGUCUACAAAUGAAACCACAGUAAAGCGUGCAGGUCUUCUGAGUGACAUGCAUUUCCGCAGCAUCCGUACCAAGCUUAUGCUAAUGUCCCGCAAUGAAGAAGCCACCAAACAUCUGGAGACAAGUAAGCAGUUAGCGUCGGCAUACCAAGAGGAGGUGAGGGUCAGAGAGGACCUGAUGGGCCUCGCCAUUGGCUCGCACGGUGCCAACAUCCAGCAAGCAAGGAAGGUGCCUGGUGUUACAGCGAUCGAACUGGAGGAGGAAAGCUGCACGUUCAGGAUCUAUGGAGAGACCCCAGAGGCAGUGAAGCAGGCCAGAGAGUAUCUGGAGUUCAAAGAAGACUACUUUCAGGUACCCAGGAACCUCGUAGGCAAAGUCAUCGGCAAGAACGGCAAAGUCAUCCAGGAGAUUGUGGACAAGUCGGGCGUGGUCCGCGUCAGGAUCGAGGGGGACAACGACAAAAAGCUUCCGCGCGAGGAGGGCAUGGUUCCCUUUGUGUUUGUGGGAACGAAGGAGAACAUCAGCAACGCUCAGGCCCUGUUGGAGUACCACGUGUCCUAUCUCCAGGAAGUGGAGCAACUGCGCCUUGAGCGCUUGCAGAUUGAUGAACAGCUGCGUCAGAUUGGGGUAGGGUACCGUGCACCUCCUGGCCGAACCGGGGGCCCUGGUGUUGAGCGGGAAAAGGGCUACCUGACAGAUGAGAGCACCAAUUCACUCCACACUUCUCGAACCUACGGGGGCCGCGGCAGGGGACGAAGGGCCUCCAACAGCCAGUACUCCGGAUAUGGCACAAACUCUGAACUGUCCAAUGCUUCUGAGCCGGAGGAUGUCACCGAGCGAGACCAGAGGCCCCGUGGUUUAGGCAAUGAUGAGAGGGGCUCCCGACGGGGUGGCAGGGGCCGAGGAUCCAACUCAGGACGAGGCCGUGGAGGGCCAGGAUCCAAGCCUUCAAACUCAAUCAGCUCAGUGCUGAGGGACCCAGACAGUAAUCCUUACUCUCUGCUGGAGGGUGAAGGAGAACUGGCUGAUGCAGACAUCAGUGAAGGCAUGGGAGGAGACCGCCGCAGACGAUCCCGCCGCCGCCGCAACGACCAGGAGCCCAGCGUCAUGGACGCCGCUGCAGAGUCGGACAGCCAGGCUGGCCCCAGUGAGAACGGACUAGAUGAAGAAGCUCGGCCUCAGCGCCGCAACCGAAGCCGCCGCCGUCGUAACCGUGGCAACCGCCCAGAGGGCGGUUCCACCAGCCGCGACAGACAGCCAGAAAGUGUGACUGUCGCUGACUACAUAUCCCGUGCUGAGUCCCAGAGCAGACAGAACCUGCCCCAGAAGGAAAACCAUGCUGGCCCUGAGCCUAAGGAGAACGGCACCACUGCCAAGAAGGAAGAGCGAACACCCUCGAAGCGUUCCCCCAGCAAAGGAUUGACCUCGGCCAGCGAGACCCUGACCUUGGUCAACGGGGUCUCAUAAAGAGACGAGCCCGCCCCCUUGCGAACCCAAGUCUAGAGCAAGACUCCAUGGCAAACUCUGUCCCUGCUUGCAUUAACUUAAACCUUAAACAGAUGAGUGAAAAAGUACCUGACAAAAUACCUGAGUUCAUACUACGAGAGUGAAAAAGUACAAAAAAACGACAAACGCAUCUACUUAAAAACACACGUUAACGGUGUAUGCUAUCCUAUCUAUCAGUACUUAGUGCUUAUUUAAAAAAAAAAAAAGAAAAAAAAAAAACAACUAGCUUGCCAAAAAAGAGCUGGUGGAUAUGACUUGAUUUUUAAAAAUACUGAAACACGAGAAACAGGACGAGACUUUAUUUUUUUUUUUUGUUUUUGUUUUUGUUGUUGUUUUUUUGAACUGUUUGUCUUUAUUUGUGUCUUUAUUUUUUUUGUUAAUGCUAAUUUUGUUCAUUGUUUAUCACUGGUUUCGACUCGGCGGUCGCUCUCUCUCAACCAAAACAGACACAUCUCUGAAAGUGUUAAAGUGCACGCAGGAGAGAUGUAAGCUGUGUGAGCAGACAGUCCGGCUCAUGUGACACCAUGUUCGCACACUGAACCUGGGAGUGAAGACGGAUUGGAAUACUGAUUAGACAUUGUGCCUUGAAUUUGAAAAAAAUAUAUAAUAUAGAAAAAAAAAAAAAAAAAA